AUACGUGUGACUGUUAAUUUCGAAACCGAGCUGGCUGAGAUAGAAUUGACUUGGAAAUCAGAGGCGAAGAGUGUCCAGUAUUUCAGAGCUUGAAUACUUGGAAAACGAUUGUACCUAUGCGCCGUGCUUGGUUGCGGCGAUCUAUGCCGUUUGAGCUCAGUUUUGUUUAUCAGAAAUAUGCUCAGAUUUACUUCUGAUUACAGUCAUGCCCAUUUUUAGACGCAAACGCUUCUGGAGCAAAGGUAAAGAGGGCGCUUACAUGGUAAGUUCGGAUGAUAAUGAAUCAUCAACGGGUAAAAACAGUCCAAGAAAUCGCGCGGGAUCUUACAACUCCGAUCCCAGGGGCAGUAUCGGUUCUGCUGGCAGUAUAGCCACGCCUGGAGGAUCUGAAGAUGCUAGGAGCUAUCAGCUAUCGAGAGCGGGCUCGAUAGCAACUCGUUCCGUGUCCAAGUCACACCAGAAUGGUUUGACAAGCUCUGUAGGGUCGUUGGACGAUGACAUUGAAGUGUGGGACUCCAUCUCUGUACAAGAACAAACCGUUCGGCUCCUUGGUAGUUUCAGGAAACCAUCAGUGACAAUGCAGCAGAUUCAAGUAGAAAUAAACGAGGAUAAGCUUGCUCAGAGCGGGAGACAGGCUGCUAAGGAAGAAGAGCGUCAUGUAGAUCCGAUGGAUGCCGAAACGACGGCUCAUGUCAAGAAGGUUGUGGCCUCCAUCUUACGGCAGUACAGCGAGGCUUCUAGCGACUCUGGAAGCUCCACAGCUGAAAACUUGGAAACUGAAUCCCCCAUUUUGUCCGACGAAGAAUCAUCGGACGAAGAAACCGAAGACGAGUUUGAUUUGGAGGCGCAUGUCAGGAAAAUCUGUAAACACGACAACGGAAGUGACAGCGAGUCGGACGGAAACGGAAGUAACAACUCGGAAAAAGUAUUUAAAACUGCCGUCCGUAAGGCAAUGAGGAAAAUAAAGCGAGAACGAUCAGAUGAACUAGCCGAUUCCGAUAACGGAUCCAUGAAGGGUACGGAAAACGAACGACCGCCGAAUAGCGACGGUUCUUCUUCAGAAUCUAGCGACGAAAGUAAUGACGAUGGUAACUCCAGUGGGGCUGGCAGCUUUGAAAUGGCACGAGAUGUGGACCCUGAGAUCCAAGAACUCAUGGACGGUGGGCCCAUUAUUCAUCCAAACGGAGAUUCAUCCGACGCAAACAAAUAUCGCACCAUUUAUAAAUGUUUCAUGCCCGAUGAAGGAAAGAUCGGUUCCAAACAAGAUCCAAUCGCUAAUCAAUCGGAAGAUACCGGAAAUCCUCCGACGGAAAACCACCGUGAAGAUAACUUGGCCUCAAGUUUGGACGAUAGCAAAGCACAGGACCUUCGGUGGCCGUUUUCCAGUUUUUAUGUGAAAGAAGUACGUCACGAGGCGUCAAUCCCAAAGAAUUUUGAAGCGCUGCCGUCCUAUCGUUCGACCCCAGCCAGCGCGGCGCAUCCUGGCCGAAAGAGAAACGUCAUGCUGGGACGAGUCUGGUGGGUAGAAUGGUGGGCACGGGAGGAUACAAAAAUGAAAUCAGGCGCGGAUACUCAGCAGUGACAGAUGUAUUACGAAUGACAUUAUGGUAAGAUAUGACUGAGACAAGGAUAGUACCAAUGCAAACUGGUGGAAUCUGAGUUGCCAGAACGUGGCAAGGAGAUUCUAAUAGCUAAAUGUAAACAUUAAUUUUCUCUAAAUUGAAUAUUCACGGAAAGGCUCGUCUUUUGACACAUGUGAAAUGAAAGAACUUACUUUAGGAAAGAAAUUAAUAUUUAAUGUUUAUACUCAGGUGUGUCUGCUGAAUGUAAAAACCAAUAUGUUUCUAAAUAUUUUACGAAUGGCGCGUUAAUUUCAACGCAUUUCAAAUUUUUUGGACUUAACCCUGUAACUCCUAAGAUCAUAUUGUUAAUUCUCCCCUCUAGCUGCUACAGAUUUCGUUGUAAGUUAACUACGAGAUUUUCGUGUUAGAUCAAGAUAGCUACUUCAGACUGUUAAAUUCUCAUUACCUGUUUAGUGGAUAAUCUAUGGAUAUUAUGAGGAGAGGUUAGAUGUUAAUCACUUCUGGGACGUUAAAAGGAAAGUUGAAUCAUAGAAGCAUAUCUAUACAUUUAACGACACCACUAUUUUAGAUUUAUCUAAAAUACUUUACGAAACGAUAGAUUUUCAGUGAAAUGUCUUAAAUUUAGAUCAAUUCUUGGCGUCGAACUAUACAAAGAAUAGACCUAAUGCAUGAGGAGCCUACUUCUCGUCGUGCUUUUUAAACUUCAUGUAAAAAAAAUGGAUGGUUCUUAUCCCGUUACUAGUUUAUAAAUUAUUUCCCAAUGUUCUGAUUGUUGAAUAUUGGAACUAAAUGAAAAUGACAAAGCGUGUAUCGAGGGAGUGGGGGUGAGUAGUAUCUCAACUAAGAGCUUGAUAUCGAGGGAGUGGGGGUGAGUAGUAUCUCAACUAAGAGCUUGAUAUCAAAACAGUUUGCGCCUUACAUUACGUUCACAUCUAGUUUUUCAUGAGACGAGAUGGUAUGAAGUGCCCAUUUUGAAAUGUAUGGAAACACUUGGAAAC